GCGCAGGUGGCGGCCGUCGAGCAAUCAAGCGCUGCUGUAGCUUAGAACGUGGAGGCUCCUGUGGUUAUCGUCACUGGAGCUUCUAGAGGAAUUUGCAAAGCUGUUGCGCUAGCUCUCGGCAAGUCUGGUUGUAAGGUUCUGGUAAACUACGCAAGGUCAUCUGAGGAAGCUGAAUUAGUUUCCAAGGAGAUUGAGGCAUCUGGUGGUCAAGCUCUGACAUUUGGGGGUGAUGUUUCAAAGGAAGAAGAUGUAGCGGCAAUGAUUAAAACUGUGGUUGAUGCAUGGGGAACAGUUGAUGUGUUGGUUAAUAAUGCUGGAAUAACACGGGAUGGCUUGUUGAUGAGAAUGAAAACAUCCCAAUGGCAGGAGGUUAUUGAUUUGAAUCUUACUGGCGUGUUUCUGUGCACACAGCAUGGUUCGUGCUUUUUGCAUGCUGCAGCUAAAGUUAUGAUGAAACAGAGAAAGGGAAGAAUAAUCAAUAUAGCAUCUGUUGUUGGUCUUGUUGGCAAUGUUGGACAAGCCAACUACAGUGCUGCAAAGGCAGGAGUAAUUGGCUUUACGAAGAGUGUCGCAAAGGAAUAUUCAAGCAGGAGCAUUAAUGUCAAUGCUGUAGCACCUGGUUUUAUUGCAUCUGAUAUGACUGCCAAGCUUGGAGAAGACAUAGAAAAGAAGAUCUUGGGAACCAUCCCCCUAGGGCGAUAUGGUCAACCUGAAGAAGUCGCAGGACUGGUGGAAUUCUUAGCGCUCAAUCCCGCUGCCAGUUACAUUACUGGACAGGUAUUAACCAUUGAUGGAGGGAUGGUGAUGUGAGAGGCCAAGUCCCGCACCCCAACGAGCUUCAUCUUACAGAAGGUUUCAAAUGACGCUUCAUCUUACAGAAAGUUUUAAACGAAGAGAGGCUUUUCUUUAUAUUCCAUUCUUGACCGGCUUCUAGUUUCAAAUUGAAAGAAGAGUAGAAGGAUAAUAUAUAUAUAUAUAUAUAUAUAUAUUUUCGUUUAGCAAAGGUUGUUAAAAUAUAUUCUGUGACACUUGUGAACAGUGUAAGAGAAAAAAGGACUUGAUAGGAAUUAUUUUUGUGUA